UUUAGGAUGCUGGCCUGUGAUGAUUUCUUGGACGAUAUUGCUAACAUCGAAAAACAUUACUACAACACUGGAUACAGUGCCGGAUGGAGUGCGGGCAAGGAGGAGGGAGAGAGGGAGGGAGGACCUCUAGGUUACAAACAAGGAGCCCUUCUUGCUAAGGAAAUACGUUCAUAUCAGAUAUUUGCUGAGACGCUGAUCUUAAAUAUUCAUACUCCUAACAGUCGAAUAACGAGAGCAUUGGAGAGUCUACGAGACAUGUGCUCUACCUUUGUUAUAGAGAACACAGAGGAUUUGAUAGAGAGGUUUAACUCGGUCAAAGCAAAACACAGGCAGGUAUGCUCUCUACUGAGCAAACAACGGAACAAUGAUACACAAAGUCCCAGUCCUGACAUGUCCUUUUAACACACGUGACUCACACGGAUACCCCACCUGGAGUCUCAGUCUUGCAGCAAUACCGGUAUUAAAGACGGCUGUACCAGUUGUUACGAAGAUGUCAUCCAACACUGAUGGUGAUGUUGGUGAAGACUAUUCACUGCUGGCAAAGGAAGAAACAGAAGUGGAAAGCAACAAAGAGGAAUAUGCUUGCUCUGUCUGUGGGAUGAUUUUCUCUUUAGGGGACGACUUUAUAGUUCAUUAUAGGGGGAAUCAUACUAUAACUGAAACUGGAAUUGACGAGGUUUUCGUCUCUGAUAUUUUCGUGACAGAGAAGGCUAUCUUAUUAGUUAUUGAUCUGAACAUAAAGUAUAAUUUUGGAGACGUAUGUUGAUUUUAGCUGAAUUUAUCGAGUUUGUUUUCUCGAGUCGACUCAGUGAUAAGCAGAAUAUUUGAGAUUUGAAGAUGAAAUGUAACUUCCAAUAACAGGGAGAGUGGGAUAAUCAUCUGUAAUCUGUAUCUCAAUUUAGUUUUUAUAUUUAAUUUGUUAUAAUAUAGUUAAGUAGUGCUUUUUAUUAAAAUCAUAUUUUGCAGCUUUAUUUUAAUCCAAAGUGUUUCGACAAAUCUUAACUUGAUUUAAAAAUACAAUCGAGGGCG